AGAGCACAAAGGGCUGAAAUUGUCAAAAUCCCACCUGUCAAAAGAAUCCACCGCCACCAGAUCCUUAUUCCUCUCUAACAGGAAAUCUUUGGGAAACACCCACCAUCAUCACCCAAUCAAAGCACUACCCUCAUCCUUUUGUGUUCCUUCAAAAUCCCCUGCCAAUCCUGAGCCCUCUCUAUCCAAACCACACCAGUCUUCUCUCUUCUCUCACAUUUCUUCAUACCAUUUUAUCCUUUCAAGAUCGAUGGCUGCCUGUGGUAGCUUGAGGUCAUUAUUUGAGAACCCGUUACCUGAAAACCCGACCCUCAUUGAAUCCCUGUCCUCAUGGAGCAAUCACAAGCCAAUGAAACCGAUCGAAGUCUCCUCCUUUGCUGAGAUUUUUGGUGAACUCUACUUUCAGGAGAAACCUGCUCCUCCUCCAUUGUCACCGCCAGCAUUAGAUCAAGACACACAAUCCAAUAUCUCUGAGUCUGAUACAAAACAUGCACAAGCUCCUGAGAACCUUACAUUGGAUUCUCUUCUUUGUUUGCCCAAGAAUCGCUAUAGGUGCGAUUUAAAGGCAAAUGAUGGCUUUUCUACCAAGAACUCUGAGUCUCUGCAGUUGUGCACGGAGGGGCUUGGAUCAGAGAGCUCGGAUGACGUAGAUGACCUAAUGGACAGUGGAGACGACUGGAGGUCUUGUGGAAGGAGAAUGGAGAUUGGGAGGAGGCCAUUGAUGUAUAGUGGGGGUAUCAAUGGGUAUUCGAGGAGUUGUUGGGAUGUGAAGACAUCGAAGAAUGGUAGGGAAUUUCCUCCCCCUAUAUCUUCAAUAGGGAAGAGUGGGAAGCCUUGUGUGUGUUUCAAAUCUUUUAGAGAGGACGGGAGGUUCAUUUUAAGGGAGAUAAGGAUUCCUAAUCAAGAAUUGUUACGUGCUUCAAGGGAAGAUGGACGGCUUAAGUUGCAAUUUGUUCGUCCAGACGAAGACAUUGCUGAAGGAGAAGAGGAAGGGGAAAUAGAAGAAGAAGAUGAGGAAAAGGCCAGUGAAAGCGAAAACGAUCAACAGAUAGAUUUUGGCUUCUAAGAGGACAUGCUUCAUGCCAAUUGAUUUUAAUAUCUUGAUGAAGAAAUAGGUUUAAAAAAAACUAUAUAUGCUGAAUCAAGAGAAUGAUUAGAGAGAGUCGUAAAUGAUGAUGCGCAUUGUUUAUUGAUGGAAACAAAUCUGUCAAAGGAGAUAGAAUAACAAGUUGUGAUAUCACUGUUCUCUUGGUGUUAAUAAGCAAUAAAAAUAACAUUUUUCUUGCGCACAGUAAUAAAUUUGGCUGUUUCCAGGUCAAUAGAAGAAUGAGUCGAUUGCCGUGCAGAGUAUUACAGAAUUUUAACACCGUUCAAUAAUGGAGAACAUGAUGACAUAUCAAUCUUGCUUUCUGGUUAAUAUAAGAACUUAACAGUCAAAGAAUGAUAUUCAUGUUAAAGUCCAGGAAUUCGAUCAUCAUGUAAAGUAGAACGAUGUUCAUGUAAUUUUUGUCGAUUUGAAUUUGUUCGUCACGUGAAGUAGAACGAUGUUCAUGUAAUUUUUGUUGGUUUUGUACGUCAAGA